UCUAACUCAGGCAGGUACAGCGCGAUCGACACGAGCUCUCACGCUCAGUUCGAGGAUGAACUUCACGAACAUCAACGACCCUGCGGGUGUGAAGGCUCUCCUGGAGCAGCUGAGGGCAUCGCAGGCAUGGCAGGACGUCGUGCAAACACCGCCUGAGAAUGUUCCCCAACCUGCGCCUGGGCCCAGCAGUGGCAGCACGUCUAGUGCGACCACGCAGUCGUCCUCGAGCACGUCUGAUCAGGCAGUGCAUUCAUCCACUGCCGCGAACCUUGCCCAUGACCCAUCCGCAUCCCUCGUCCACUCUCCUGGCUCAGACUUGCUCGCAGACUCAUCGGGACAUCCACUGGACGCACCAUCGCCCUCGGUAGCGUCCCUGUUGUCGCAGCUGCAGAGCUCCUCCACGCCUCCUCCCCGACACGUGUUCACUCCGAUCUCUUCAACCAGCUCCUCUCUCCCCCUCGCCCCGGCACCCCCGUUUCAUUCAUCAGCUACAGAAGCGAGCGCGGCACCGACCACCGGGCUGCCCGUGCCGCGGCUGUCCUCCGCGCGCAAAGACGAUCUGCGUAACCUGACCUUCCAGCAGGCCCUCCCGCAUCUCGCCCAGCUCGCUGAAGAUCCUGGGUUCGUCGAUGCGAUCUCGACGAUGCGCAAGGACCAGGCCGACCUCGAGCGCCAGCUCUGGGAUGAGCGCCGCGCGAUCCUGAGCAAGCACGAAGAGAAAGUGAAGGUGGCGCGUAUCAAGGCGACUUUGGUUGGGGGGACUGGCCUCACGCAGUACGAAGCUGAUGUGAUGUCAGACGCCUUCCGUCAAGAGCUGAGAAAGUUCGAUGCACAGCGCGUCCUUCCCGCGUGGGAUGGGCUAGUCGCGAAGCAGCAAGCGAGGCUGGAAGCUCUGGGGGUUCCGGCCAUGUUCCCUUCGACUGCAGCCGCGGACAGAGAGCGUCAGCAGAGGGUUGUACAAGUGCUCGCAGGUAUUGUCGGCAACGAAGACUCAUGACCGUUUGGUGAGAUAACCGGUCUCCUAUGCUCGCUCCUUCAUGGGGCGCUGCCGUAAGUCAAUGUGCCUGUAAAUCCGAGAGACCAUCGUUACCAUCGGAUUUGUACGGUGCCCGAUGAUAUGCAUCUCUUCUGUAGAGCGUGGGCGUCCUUCGUGUGCAAAGCAGGUGUAGGGAUUUUGCAAUGCGGGAUGACCACGAUCGGGUAAGGCCAGGGUAAGACUGCAGGGUGCAUCUCGCUGUUCCGGUCUUGAGGGGAAUCUAACAGCGCAGGGCCCCUUGUGGAUACUGCGGGGUCAGUUCGUUUCCUCAAAGCCGAGUAAGGGUUUGAACGUUUGCCGGCGACAGCAGGCAUGGGCGUGAAGAGGCGUGAAGCCACAGGGCAGCG